AAACAACAUAGCAAUUAAUCACAGAAAGCUAAAAGGGGACCUAAAUUCCUCAGAAAAUAUUUAUGUCACUUAUGAUGAUAUCCAAACUGUGGAGAUGAACAGGACUGGACCUUCACCUGCAUUCACAGGUACUAAAUUUGUGAAGAAAAGUUCCUGCAGAGCUGCUGUGAUUCUUCUGGGCCUGCUGUGUCUUCUUCUCUUGAUUGGACUCAUAACUCUAUUUUUUCUUUUCACCCAAGGCAAAUCUCAGCAGACGAUAGAGAUGAUGAUGUCAUACAACCGUUACGAAAACUUGACCAGAAAGUGGAAUGAGUUGCAGACCAGUUACCGCAGCCUAACAAUUGAACAACACCAGUUACAGACCAUGCACAGUAUUCUGAAAAUGGAACGAGACCAGCUACAGAAAAGCUACAACAAUAUGGUGGAAGACAGAGGCCAGCUCCAAAAGAGACUUGAAGACAUGACCAAAAAUAGAGAUGAUCUUCAGAGAAAGUCUGUCGGUUGUCUGCGAGAAUGGAUGCACUUCAAUGGUAGUUUAUAUUACAUUUCUUCAAACAAGAAAUUCUGGCAAGAAAGUAGAAAUGAUUGUCUCCAGAGAGGUGCUGAUCUGGUGAUUAUCAACAGCAAAGAAGAACAGCUACUGGGCUACUUUUGA